AGUUUCGGUGAUUUAACUUGUGAUUUUGGUGUUUCGUUUAAACUUUUGCUUGUGCUUCACGCAUCAUGUAAUGCGUGAUGCGGAGUUUUGUCCCUUUUUUCCGCAUUACGCUUCCAUGAACACUGAUCAUAACAUUUAACUGGUUGGAGGGAAGUGACAGAAAAAAAGGGAAGUGCAAAAACCCUCUGACAAGUUAAGGAAGGAGAUGAGAUGGCUGAAUUAGGAUAACCUGUUGCAAUUGAAGAUUAGCAAUAAAAACUGAGAACUUCUGUUGGGACAGUACUGCAUUGGUAUAAUGUUCUCGACUUCUUUGGUAAUACCUGCAUUUUUGGAGAAAAUUUUCCUACAUGGUUUGCAGGCUGCAGCCAAUAUGCCUGCUUUCUGUAUAAACAUGUUUUCUUAUCAAAGCAAACAAGGAAGAAAAGGUAAGGCAUAUCAGUUUUACUUUGUCACAGAAACCAAAAUUGUCCUGUGUUACUGGUGCGUUUGAGCUUUUGCAACAUCUGGCCUUUGUUGCGUUUGAGCUUUUGCAACAUCUGGCCUUUGGAUGUUCUCCCCUAUUUCUUCACACUCGUAAGCCACUUUCAGAAUAUAGUUACCAAUUACUCCAGCUUUGAUAUUUCAAUCUAAGCACCCAAUCAUAUCCUUUUCAACUGAUAGGAAAUCAAAUGAAUGCUGUUUGCCAAUUACAAUGUAGCUGCUUGAUGGAAAUUGUACAUUAGUUGGUGUUAUGUAUAGAUAAUUUAUGUUCAUAUUGCUCCAAUGUGGUUAACCGGUAUUGUCACUCUUGCAGAUAUACUAAAAUUGUACUUUUCAUCUGUGUUCUUAGUGCUUUGAGUUUUAAAAAUAUUCUGUAGUAAUGCAAUAAAAGGUAUUUGUCAACUCUUAAGGAAACGGACCUUGUAUUUCAUACAAUUAACUAUGAAGAAAUUGUGUUGUACAAGUUUCAUGAUUUUGCUACUGUAGGUAUGUGAUGCACUUGAGGACAUGAUGGAAGCAGGUGGAAACAUAGUUGAUCAUCAUGGUUGUGAUUUCUUUCCUGAACGUUGCUUCGAUAGAGUGGUGGUUCUUCAAACCGACAAUACUGUCUUGUAUGAUAGAUUAAGUAGAAGGGGCUACACAGGUCAAAAGCUCACCAAUAAUAUUGAAUGCGAAAUAUUUCAAAUUUUGCUGGAGGAGGCAAAGGAGAGUUAUCCAGAGGAUAUUGUGGUGGCACUUGGAAGUGAUUCUGUUGAAGAUAUAAGCAAAAAUGUGGAGAUGCUGUCAAAUUGGAUCAGUAGUUGGAACCCUGUUUCAAUUUUUAGAUGAUCCUUUGCAAAUUCACAUAGAAUUAUGUACAGAUGAGUAGUGUCUCUCACGCCACAAUUGCAAUUACAUGGGAUUGAGAAUGUCUCAAAUAGAUGCCGCGGAGGAAUUUGGUGAGCUCAUUACUACUAGGAACUUUGCUGGUUGUCUUACCACA